AGAACAGAGACCACAACAACGGUUUGGUGGAGAUGCAGAAGAUGAAGGUGGAUGGCGUUCUAAAGCAAGUGAAACUAGAAGCACAAGCCUGCAAAGCUCUGUCAGCACGCAUAGAUUCAGAAACUGUCAUGCAGGAAAAACUGAGAAGUGAUUCUAAAAAUAAAGAAGAAGUGCUAAGGGAUAUGGCAGAGAGCCUAGAGGCACAAGUAGCAGUCUUGCAAGCUGGAGUAACUGAAGCAAAGCAGAAGUUGAGUAGUCGGCAGCAGUCUAUUGUCACUCUGCAGGAGAGAAUUACAGCAGUCGUUGCUGAACAUAAAAAGUUAUGCCAGGAACUACAAUUAAAAAUAGAUGAGAACCUAUUACCACUUGAAAAACAAAUGAAGACAGUUGAUGAAAGUCACGGCUUUCAGCUUGCCAGUGUUGCUGAGAAAAGCAGAACUAUAAAUGAGAACAUCUCCAAGAUGAAUGGAACGUGGGCAAUGUUGCAGCGCAACUUGGUGACUGCUGAAGACACCGUUAAUACCUUGAAUGCUACGAUGGAUACCAUCCAGGAACAGUUAGAUAGAGAACAGAGCUUUGUGAGGCAUGUGCUGGACUCUACAACCGAGGUGCAGGGAAGAAUUCAGGAUAAAACGGCGCAGCAUGAAAACUACUUACAAAAACGACAUGCAAUUCUUGGACAGCAAAAAAAGGAUCUCGCCUCAUCUGUGGAAAAGAAUAGGAAACUUGCCUUGCAAUAUCGUCAGCAGCAGAAUGAGCAUCUUCUAACGAAAGCCUGCUAUAUUCAGACGUUUGAUGAGCGAUGGUACUUUCAGCUCACAAAUAAUGAUCUUAAACAGAUACUCAUGCUAGAGAACCGUUUUCGUGUGAACACAGAUAAGUACAACAGCUUACGCCAGCAUCUCCAUACUAUGGAGAUACAGCAGUAUGGAGCUUCGUCUGCAUGCAACAGUCAGGCUGUACAUCAUCUUGAGAAGGCAAUUAUGGAUGCCACCCAGUCCAUGACAGAGCGUGUUAGAGAGGAACUUCAUAUUCACAGCCUAAAGUAUAGAAGAAACAUUAAAAACCUGGCAAAUACAGAACCAAUCCCACCAAUAAAAACGUACUGUUCAGUGCCUGUUCAGGAACACUUGAUUGUACAAAAUACAUAUGCGGGAAACAAGUUGGCUGAAAAUGUCACACCUGUGCAGAACUAGUAUGCUGUAGCUACUGCAUCUUAUAACAAUACUCACAUUAUAGCUAUUAAGCACAAAAAUUAAGUCGACUGCACAUUCCAUAUUUGGGCAGAA